AUGGCACCUUAUAUAUCCAAGAAAAAAAGAGGGGCUCAUUCGGGCAGGGGCAAAAACGUUUCCUCCAAUAUUACAGGUCAUUCUAAUUCUUAUUCCAACAGUUCAACGGUUAAUUCUGCCGCUGCUAUGAAGAGGAGAGAGCUUCAAAUGAACAGAGUUCAAAGGUUAAAAGCAGAGAAUGUUAUUGAUUUAGUACAUGAUGAGAUCGACACUAUGCCUUUUAGGAACUAUAUUGUUUUAAACUUUAUCAAGUCUGGGAGAUUAAUGGAUGCAUUAACCACUACUCCUGUACCUAUAAACAGAAUUGAAACUAACCCCAUAUUUCCCGCUUGUGAGCCCCAAAAUAAAAAAUAUUUGACCAAUAAUCUUGAAGAUAUGAAGACCACGUUGCGAUACUUGAGAAAAGAAGUAGACGAUCUGAAAGUCAUGCAAUCGGAGAACCAAAAUUUAACUUUUGAUGAUGACAAGUUUUAUGAACAUGAGAUUGGAAAAUUGAAUGCUCUUCUCAACGAAAAUAAUGAAACAUCUAAAGAUAUAGAUGAUGUAAUUUACGAUAUUAAAAGUCAUUAUAAAUGUCGUUUAACAUCCAAUUAUAUUAAUGAGUAUAAGCUGAAAUUUAGUAAUUUACGAGGCAAUUUCGAUGAAGCGUCCGCAACUUACUGGCAAGUCGAAUACCCACAGUAUUUAAAAGCUAUGGAAGAACAUAAACAAGCACUAAAAAGACAAAAGGAGUUAUUGGAACAGCAAAAAAGAGACCAAGAAGAAUUGCAAAGGUUAAAAUUGCAAGAUGAGACUGAACUAAAAAUGCAACAAGAACAGAAAAGAACUCAAUUACAACAACAACUAGCGGGUGUAGAAAAUAUACCAAUCCCUUUAUCAUUCAAUUCUCAAUUGCAAGGCAAUAUUUAUAGUAAUGUGUCAAUACCGACAACUGUAGCAGCUCCAAUGACCUCUGUACCUUCAACAAGUGAAAUUAAUCUUAACGGCACCAAUAAUCAACUUCUAUCACGGCAACAAUCACAAAUACAGUUAAACCCAGCAUCUCAACAAAACGAUCCCGUAAAAUUUACAGCUCCUUUGGCCAGAAUACAACAGCAAGAGCAAAGAAUUUCCCCUGGUACUCAGCAGCAACAACAGCACCAACAGCAACACCAACAGCACCAACACCAACAGCAGCAAGAGCAAGAGCACCAACAGCAACAGCAGCAGCAGCAGCAACAACAACAACAACAACAACAACAACAACAACAACAACAACAACAACAACAACAACAACAACAACAACAACAACAACAACAACAACAACAACAACAACAACAACAACAACAACAACAACAACAACAACAGCAACAACAGCAACAGCAACAACAACAACAGCAGCAGCAAGAGCAACAACAACAGCAGCAAGAGCAACAACAACAACAGAUACAACAGAUACAAUUAAAUCAGCAUCAAAUACAACCUCAAGUGGACCAGCAACCCCAAAAUUUACAAAUAACUUCGAGUACUGGGACUGUUAGGAGUAAUGUUACUGCUUCUAUCACAACAAAUAAUUCGGGGAGCGUAUUGGAUAAUUCCGUUGAAGGAUUUUUUAAUGAAUUUAGUGGUGCCUUUGAUAAUGACAAUGACAAUGCUACUGAUUUUGGUAGAGGUGAAUUUGACGAUAUGGAUCCUGCUUUUUUCUAA